AUGGAGCCCGCGGUGCUGACGGAGAGCUCCGGGUUUCAGGGGCUAAAUGUGACACUGUACAGCGUCUCCGAGGGAGGAGAAACCGCCAUCGGCAUUUACCUGGUGCUAUUAGGCUGGCUGUCGUGGAUUGGAAAUGGGAUAGUCAUUGUAAUCAUGGCUAAACAAAGGAAAAGUCUCGAACCACAGGAGUUUCUCAUACUGAACCUUGCAGUGUCUGAUGCCAGUAUUUCCAUUUUCGGCUACUCCCGCGGCAUCCUCGAAGUCUUCAACGUGUUCAGGGAUAACAGCUUCCUGAUAAAUUCAAUAUGGACCUGUAGGGUGGACGGCUUCCUAAUCCUGCUCUUCGGCCUGAUCAGCAUCAACACGCUGACAGCCAUCAGUGUCAUCCGCUACAUCAAAGGAUGCCAGCCUCAGCACGCUCACCGCAUAGACAAGCGUAGUGCGGCUCUGGUGAUAGCAGCUAUCUGGCUCAACUCCCUCUUCUGGUCAGGCUCGCCUCUCCUGGGCUGGGGCAGUUAUAAAGGGCGUAAGUACGGUACCUGUGAGAUCGACUGGGUGCAGGCUCUCGUCUCCCUGCCCUACAAGCUCUACGUCAUCAGCGUCUUCCUCUUCAACUUCUUUGUGCCGGUCGUCAUCAUCGUCUUCUCCUAUGUCUCUAUCAUCCGCACGGUGAACUCCAGCCACAGGUCCACCCGAGGGAGCCAGGUCAGCGACAGACAGAGGCAGAUGGAGCGCAGCGUCACCGGGGUGUCCUUCAUGCUGUGCACGGCCUUCCUGGUGGCCUGGUCUCCGUACGCCGUCAUCUCCAUGUGGUCGGCCUGUGGGUACCAGGUCCCCCCACUCACCAGCAUCAUGGCCAGCCUCUUCGCCAAGUCCGCCAGCUUCUACAACCCCCUUAUUUACAUCAGCAUGAGCUCCAGGUUCCGGCAGGACCUACAAGCCCUGUUCGGCUGCCUGCAGCCGGACACACCCCUCAGCGCCAGCCCUCCCCAGCAGCGCCCCCUGGAGGUAGAACGGGUCCAGAUCAAAGUGGAGCAGCCAGAGAAGCCGGCCCAGCCUGACAACCUGGACUCAGGGGUGGAGGUGGGGCACAAUGACAGCACCCAUGACAGUGGCCAAGAGGAGGGGGCAGAGCCUGAGGCCCAGGCACACAGCCCGGCCGCAGCCGAGCGUACCGCAUUCCCCAGGAAGCAGAGCGACUCGGGUCGUCUGUGA